ACAUGGAACUUUAAAUUCAGAGCUUUCUCCAGAACAAAGUCACUUAACCUGCACAACAUCAAAAGAUUCAGCAUUCCAGAUCCCCGCCUGGAGUUGUGUAGGAAAGAAUAGACAAGUCUCCCACAUCUCCUGGCCAAUUUCAAAGCAGCAGCAGCACAGACUAAUACCAAGUCGUGUCUCACGGCUGUUUGUCCGAAGGCUGGCUUUAAAGAGAACAGUGAUAUAUAUGAGGAAUCAGAUGAGGCUGUGCUGGUAAUACUUGCAGCAUAAGACCCUUCCUCCCUUCAGUCUGUUUGACAUACAUGAUUCAACACAGUGCUUUUGGAGUUGCUCAACACAGAUUCCAAGACGGCUGCUGGGGACAGGCCAUCGAGCAUGCCUACAGAAAUGCUACAAGCAGAUAGCAUGGUCAAACCUGUUGGUUCAGCAACUACGUUUACGUCAGCUGUUCCUCUUCGCAUACUAAAUAAAGGGCCAGACUAUUUCCGAAGGCAGGCAGAGCCUAACCCGAAAAGACUCAGUGCCGUGGAACGGCUUGAAGCUGAUAAAGCGAAAUAUGUGAAGAGUCAAGAAGUCAUCAAUGCCAAGCAGGAGCCGGUGAAACCGGCAGUGCUGGCAAAGCCGCCAGUCUGCCCAGCAGUCAGGCGGGCAGCAGGUACCCCUUCACAAAAGCUAUCUAACAAUCAUAAAGCAGACAGCACUGCAAAAAGAGAAAACUUGAAUCUGGAAAUUUUGAAGAAUAUAAUUAAUAGCUCAGAAAGUUCCACCUCAGGGUCAGUGCACAAACACACCGCACGGAACUGGCCCCAGCAUAGACCUGCCUCCACAGAAAUCAACAGGCGCACAUUCGCAGAAUCUAUUCAGGUGUACAGUAACCAAGGUCAUGGUAGUCUACAGGGAGACAACCUCAACGUAACCAAGCGAUUGUUUGAAGACCAAGUCAGUGAUUCAGCCCUGCACAUUUCUCACAGUUCAGCAGAUGUGAGGAGGGUUAUUGAAGGGAAGCCUCUAAAACCAAUCCCCAGUAGCAGUUCUGCCCCUCCUGUUCUACCCAAACCUAAUAUUUCAACAUGUAAUGUACCCAGGUCACCAGCACAAACCCCUCCAGACUUGCCCAACAAUCCAAGCAGGCGACCGUCACUUCAUCGCUCCAAGUCCGAUCUCAGCGACCGAUAUGCCCGUGCUAAUGCUGACGUGGAGCGAUUCUUUAAUUACUGCGGACUUGAUCCUGAAGAACUUGAAAACAUUGGAAUGGAAAACUUCACAAGGGCUAAUUCAGACAUAAUCUCCCUGAACUUUCGCAGUGCGAGCAUGAUCAGUUCAGACUGUGAGCAGUCACGACGGAGCAAUGAUGACCUGACAGAUGACGAGGAAACCAAUGACCGUGUGCCAUACGGUAUUUCAGCGGUGGAAAGGAAUGCCAGGGUGAUUAAAUGGUUAUAUAGUUGCAAACAAGCUAAAGAAUCCCAGAAAAUAUCUCAUGUUUAAGAAAGGGACAAAAAUUUGGGUUAACUGAGAGAUUUUUGUAUUUUUAUUUUGUCUGUGAAUCUUUUAGUUGUGAAGAGUUGCAAUGUCUACUGGGAUUUUUCUUGCAGAUCUCAAUUCCUCUGUGUUGCUAGCUGUCUGUUCUCUCAUUGCAUGCUCAUUGACUUGAAUUCAGAAUUGGCCUAUACUUCAGAUUAUAUGAAGACAUGGACUUUUCAGUUGUAUUAGAUAUAUGCCUAUAUACACAUGUAUUGAUCAAAAACAGCACGGGGUACUAUGUCCACAUUUUAUUGUACAUUUCAAACAAUUAUAUAUGAGAACGUAUGGCCUUUAUUGUGUCAGAAUCUAUUCGUAAAUAAUUGUAACCAGGAAAAAAGAAAAGCAUCUGUCCGCAAUAUUGCGAUGGCAGCCAUUUUGGUCUUGAAACGCAUGGUACAGACCAUGUAAUCUCUAAUAAUCCCAUGUAACCUGUAAUAGUAGUGAGUUGUCUAUAAUAUUUCUCUUGAAGCUGUCCAAUUUAAUGCAUCAGCACGGUUCAGCUCUGACAAUCCAUGUCUUCCAAACCUGCUUCGACUGCCAGUCUAACUGUCUGCUGUAAUGUGGUGCUCAGAAGUGAAAAGUACAGCGGGUGAGCUCAUUAACUUGGUCAUUGUUGCUUUUUAAUAUACUCCAGUACUGCACUUCAUUUCAUAAAAAAGACUGGUGCCUGAGCUGAUGGGGAAACCAGAUUUUUUUUGUACCAUAUAAUUGCUGUUAAGGGUUUGUAAAUACUUUAAAAGAUGUUAUCAGAUCUGUAAAGAAGAAACUGUUAUACGAAUAAAUAGUUUCCAGUCCAUUCA